AUGGCUCUCCAAGAAGUUUCCUCGUCUAAGUGUUUUGGAGGCCAACAAAAAGUCUACUCACAUGAAAGGUUGGUUCCUGAUCCACUCCUCGUCACCUUGACUCGAUCCUUACAUAUAGCUCCACGGUCAACAGUGCGAUGAAGUUUUCGGUCUACCUACCGCCUGCCUACGGUGACCAUGCAAAUUUACCGGUGGUAUUUUUCCUACAGGGUUUGUUAUUGGACUCUUCAUUGCAUUAAAUUUUCUUUCUCGCAGGCUUAACAUGCACAGAACAGAACUUCAUCGUCAAAUCUGGUGCUCAGAGAACUGCUGCUCGUCUUGGACUCAUUCUCGUCUCCCCGGACACCAGUCCACGUAAGUUGGACCAUCGCAUCCUAACGCCUCCUCAUCUUCCUUCUCAUUAGGUGGCUGUAACAUCCCCGGUGAGGAUGACUCUUAUGAUUUCGGCUCGGGUGCAGGCUUCUAUGUCAACGCGACUCAAGAACCCUGGUCGAUGCACUAUCACAUGUAUGAUUAUGUUACAAAGGAGGUUAGUUGUAACGCAGGUCAGAUGUCUUUGCUAAUCUAAGGCACUAACAGUUGACCACUGCGAUUUGGAACCAGAUAACAAUGGAUGUGUUUCAAAUAGUUGAAAGUAUGCGAGGUCCGGGUAAAUGUAUAGAAGAGGUGAGGAACUUACUUCCCGAUCCAAAGUAGAGUUUCUCUCACGCCCAGUACUCUAACUCGAACCCAUCGUACAACGGUUAGAAUUCGACUACAACCGUCAGUGGCCUUUAACGGCCCUGCAGAUUUUUUCUCGCUACGUUUAGUACGUCGAUGAUAGACCGCUAUGCUUGUUGGCGGAUUCAUUGUUUGAACGUUGCACUGCCUACGGGGAUAUCUGUUAGGUGUAAAUAACCUUUAGAGAUAUGCUUCAACCUUCUCUGUGCAAUGGGUAUCGACACGGUGACAGGGUGUUUUUAGGCAGCUUUUUGCGUGAGAUCGGGUAGUCACCGUGGCGGCCUAGGGUGCGAAAGGUACUGGACGUCUUCCUGUAGACGAUUGUUUUAAGUUCGCCAUCACUUUUUUGCGGAAUAGCACGUCUAGGAACGGCGACUGACCGUUUUCUGCCCUUCCAUCAUGAGUUUGACUUCUGGAAAGACUGAAUUUAAACGUUGAACGAAAUCGUCAAUCAUUUCUCGUCAGUGCCACCGACCUGCUGGAUCCACAGUUUUCGUCUAUGUUUGUCUAAAGCCGGUGGCUCAGGUCUUUGCAAUAUCGAGUCGGCAGUGAGGCUGGACAACAAAGACUCCAUUCACUUGUCCACAUACAACUCUGUCGGAUGCAAACAAAGUCUUAAGCAGUUUCUGAGAAUACCAAAGAUGCGCGUAGUUUUUAUUUUGGUGUCCGUCUCAUUAUAGCGUUCUUUCAUCAGGGUUUGUUUGGUCUUAACAGCAUGGUGUUGCUGGAGAGAGGUUGUUUUUUCGUGAUAAAUAUGGCAUCAGUUUGGAUGAGAUCUUCUGAUAGAUCAAAUUUCUGUUUUUUUCCGCAUCGCUGGCCUAACGAAUGAUAGUUUCGGUAAUUAUGAUAAUUUUCAGUGGUUAGGCUUCGGUUACGUUAAAGCAGGGACCAUGGCUUACGAUUCUCAUCUGUUCCACUGUCAGCUCUUCCGCAGCUAGAUUGUGAGCAAUAUUCACACAGCAUUGGUUCAGCCUCCCUUCGUUCAACUUGGUCGGUCCUUGGGCUAGUUGGACGUCACUCGCAUCGUUAGUUCAUCUUGCAUUGCGAGUACUUACUUGGUGCGGGCUACUUGUCAGAAGUCCUCCAAUAAUUUGGAACGGCGGUCAAAUUGAGUCUUGAACCCAGAUAGGGCCAUCCCUCUACACAGUUGCACAGUUGCAUUCGCCCCCUAUCUAGUCUGUCAUUUAGGACCAAUGACAGAAAUUAGAUGUAUUUGUUGCCUCUGCCGCCUUUUAUUCAUUUUGUGUGUCAGUGUCUCUUGCAUAGUAUCGGCAAAUAAAACCGAACUUCUGGCAAGCACUAUUAUCUGAAAUCAGUUAUCUUCCCCAGGGUCUGCUUUUCAAAAAUUCAUCUGACCCAAUUGUGGAAAACUCGCCGGCCUAGGCAUGUUUUGAAGUAACAACAGCAAGUUCAGGAGUUAUGUACAGUUAACGCCCUAACCACCUGUGCUACGAGGCCCCGGCCCAUAGUUGUCUGGCGGAUUCUAGAUUGAUUGCUUAGGAAAUCCUGCUUGGGCGGUCAGCUUACCGUGUCAGAAUUUGCGGAUUUCAUACGGUACAGUAAGUUGGGCGGCUACUUUGACUCAAAUGGCCUUCUGUCGGCGAAUUCUAGGUCAGGUGGUUAGAGCGUUGGCCGUGCACAAACCUUGCACUUACUGUCAUGGGCUCAAACCUUUCUGAGGCCGCCAGUUUUCUAUAACUGGGUCAGAUGAAUUAUGCAAGUCUGCCAAGUGCACAUAUUUCAAACAAUCAUCUGCUGCUCACGGGAAUUUUUUAGUUAAACUUGCCUGGUUUUAUCGGCUAGCUUCAAUAUGUCCACAUCAAUAAAGGCAUUGUAAGCCGAUAGUUUAUCUCCUCCGUGAGCUUAUACGUAUUGUUUACUGAAACCCCUGCCCGUCUACGAUCUUUAUUAUUGCAUCGGAACGUGCUUCUAUCUUACUCCAGGUCUGCAUUAUGGCAACAGGUGAGAGGGUUGCAUCAUUUUUGGAUGCUUUAGUCUCCCCUUCUUGCAAUUUCAACCUGACGGAUAAAGAAAUAGAACACUAACUCCAUCUUGACUGCAUGGCGUUGUAAUUCACGCCAAUUCUCCGGACCUGUGGUGGUGAACUACGAGUGUUUUUCUUUCCAUAUGUCGCUUUUGUUGUGUUUCGGGAGAAACGCCCUACCCCCUCGAUUAAAUUCCUUUGCCUUGUCUGUGAUCCGCCCCCUCCCCACACCCUUGUUCCAUCGGUUGACUCUUUCACACACCAUUCUUUACGAUAUUUCAAUUGACCUGUUUUUUGUCAACUUUUUUGCCACGUUUAGUUGCCAGAGCUGAUUGAGAAGAACUUCAAGAUCUUGCCUGGAAAAUACGGACUCAUGGGUCACAGGCAAGUUUUGCCUCUUCUCUCUUUUACUACCGCUUUGGAAAAGUCUGCAUGUGUUACACUACCGCCAUUUGCAUCCUCCUUUAGCAUGGGCGGCCACGGCGCACUGAUUGUGGGUCUUCGGGAAGCUGACCGCUUCGUUUCCGUCUCAGCGUUCGCGCCCAUUUGCCAUACAUCAGUCAGUCCCUGGGGCAUAAAAGCGUUCACCGGUGAGCUGGCUUGUGUUCUUUUGAUCCUUUUGGAGAGCGCUAGCCUGGUCUUUCGGUGACAAGUCGCGCCUGAUGACAGUAUCACCCUAUGGGCCGCAGCUGCUUAUUCGUCAGACCCUGUAACCUUUUUAUUUCGCGGCUCGCCUUCUCCGAAGGUGGCCUCUAUCUAGCCUUUCAAACCAGCCCAGUCUCCCGGUGUCCCUGCUUCUCCAAUCUAACCCGCCCGCGGCUUAUUUUCAGGCCGCUUUCAGUCUAUGGCAGGUAUGGCAGGCCCCCAUGUAUCCUCUCCAGGCGUGAGUAUUGUAGAAUGACCCUGGCAGACUGAUCGGGCACCCAGUGUGCUGGUUGAUAAUUAACCGAGCUUUGUACGCCGUACGUAGUAGUAACCGCCCCCUCCCCCCGCCUCCGGUUUUCUUGACUAUGUCUUGACACCGGACGCAGGUGGGGGAGGAGGAGAGAGUGCGGUAGAUGCAGCGCAAAUCUACAUUCACUAUGAACUAAAUCACGCUCAAGUCAUUGUGAUUGCUUCACCUUAUUGUGGGCUAUGCAGUGGACAUCGUCGGCAACGCCGGUCGAACUAUCGCAGUAACCGUAAUUACAAACGUUGUAUGUUUGGUUCCAUAUCAUGGCUAUUAAGGGGUGACGGAUAUACCCAUUUUGGCGAUUUUAAGUUUGUGUGGCAAGUAUGCCCAGGAACACUUUGUAACACAUAAAAAUCAGACAAGUUGCCCGGCUCACUUUAUUCUUGCAACUCGAACACCAUAGAGAGAGAGGGGGGGAGGGGGACGGGGAGAGGGAGAAGUAAAUCUGACAGUGCAGUAGUUUUCGCAAACAUUCACUUCAUACGCAAGUCACCACUACUUAGGUAACGGUGGUUUAUAAUUCGUCACGGUGGUGGAACAAUCCUGGAGUACUUAUAGUUAAUUAGGCUUGAGUGCUUUAGUUCACUAUAGCAUAGGGCGGCCUACCAUAGUACCUUUCCUUCAUGUCCGCUAACUUGACAUUUCGGUUCUACCACCGGUGUCUCAAACAGAACGUGUAGUGUGACCGAGUUCUCUGCGUUUUGCGUGUUUCUGGCAGUGAACACGCUGACAAAAUACGCCCCGUCUGCUCAAACUAUUGGAUAUUUUGUUUAAUGCCAUCUUUUAGCUCAUGUCCCCCUUGCUCCUGAGACGCCUGUCACCUUGCUGUCUGUUUAUUGCCCUUUGUUUCAGGUUACUUGGGAGCUGAUGCGGACUGGUCCAUGUACGACGCUGUCGAGCUACUGACCACUCACAAGAAACGUUUUGCCCGUGCUCCUCUGAUUGACCAAGGAGAUCAGGAUGAGUGGUUAGAAAAGCAGUUGAUGACAAGCGAACUGGAGAAGGCUUGCACAGCAGUCGGGCAAGACUUGAGGCUGCGGUACCAAAAGGUAAAUUGGUUCCUCCUUCAUUUCCUCGCCAGUUUGUUCUACUUUGUUUUGACUCUCGUCCCACUUCUCUUUCUCCUCUAAACCAAGUUUUUGUCGGUUUUCAAUCCUUCUGUGUGAUAUUGGGUAGGUGCAUUUCACCUCCUAAUUAACAAUUAGUCAGGGUGCAACCGGCAUUUAUUCGUACAAGGCUCAGGGAAUUCAAGAGUCUGCUAUGCUAGGAUCAGCAAACCAUGGGCCUCGCAGCGUGGUGCGCACUGGCAUUUCUCGGACACCUAGUUCCCUGCCGGUAGAUGUGCUCGCGCUGCCGCUGGGUAUACAAGUCGUGAGCAUGGCUGCCCAGUAAUUCUCGUAUUUAUGACCCACUGUGGUGCUGCUAUUGGUUAAAAUCCUUGUCAGGUGUUUGUUGUGGACCGGGGAACGCCAAGGUACGGGUUCGGCUGUAUGAGCCACCUGCGCUCUCCUUCACCUCCGGUCUUCUUGACUAUGUCUAGGCACCAUGUCCAGAUGCGGAAGAAGGAGAGGGUGCGGUCGAUGCUAUGCGACUCUACUUCCAUUACGAACUAUUUAACGCACAACUCACCGUGCCUGCUGUCAUCUUGCCGUGGGACACACGGUGGACAUCGUAGGCACUGUCACUGGACGUGGAAGGCUUAGGGGCCCUCGCGACUGCUUUCCCGGAUACCUGACCGGUGUCUUUUAAGUCCCUAGAGUAAGUCGUCUGCUGUGCGAUUGUCGCUUCCUGUCUGUGAGCGACUCCAACCCCAAGUCCGUUCCUCGAUAUGGCGAAUUCAUCGGACGCAGUAAGGUACUGUGAAUCAGCACCUCGUUUUUGGUUCCACCGUGGUGUUUUCCUUAACUGCUCGUUCGCAUUUCUCAACAAAAAUGCUAGAGUGCUAUAACACAGUCCCGUUUCUGCACGAUCAAGUGGUUGAUAUGGCGAAUUGGAAUAAGGGGUGGUCGUCGGCGUCACAGCAAACGUUUUCUCCCUUCCUAUCGCUCUUUUUGCAGACCACCAUGUAUAGAAAGGGCAAAUGUUCAUCUUUUCCUUUUAUCAUGGUGAAUUGGGUGUCUCGAAAUAUCGAGUUCAGGGGUUGGGUGAAUUUCCAAGCUCUGUCCCGAUGCGUUGUGAUGUAGGCGUCAUUAACAUACCGCAUCCAUAUCUUUGAGUGAGUGUUCAAUAGCCAGCUCCUCCACUUUCUACAAUACCGCCUCUGCAAUUAGACCACCUGCGAUAUGUUGCUGACACAUGUGUUGCCAUUGAAAAGGUCUACUUCGAGUCGUUCCACAACGCUGUCAGCCCAACAAUUCUGUAUCCUAAAUACACACUCCAAAAGGAAGUUGAGAAAGAAGCUAUCAUUUCUAGACAUUCUCGCACAGCGAAAGACUAACAAAAAAUCACGCAAACAGAUUUACCACAAAAAAAACUUAUGAUGUUGUCUGCAGUCUGCUUAUUCGGGCAAAACACAUUGUUCUGACGAAGACGGCUAGGAAGUCGAACUAAAUUACCCGUGUGAAUCAGAAUGGGUUCUGUGAAGAUUUUGUGCAUCGAUGAGUGAGAGAUAAAGAAUCAUAAGAAAGCAAAAAAGGUAGUUCUAGUCAAACGAACCCUUCCUUGCAUUAAGAAUGUGCCCAAACUCCUUGGAAGACAUCAGAGGAAACACCAAAUUCAAGUGACGCACAAACCGACGACCACAUUACGCACUCGCCCUGUACGCCCUAGGGAUAAGGUUGAAUACUUAGAUAUGAAGGCAGUCGUCUAAAAAAUUCCGUGAGAUGCCUGCGAUGCAGUUGGUUUUGGUCAAACUAGAAAACCCGCCUCUGACCGUGUUCAGAAACAUCAUUUGCUAAUAAAGAGGGGAGACCACCUGUCUCAAGUGCCUGUGCAUACCCUGGACACCGGGCACACCUUCGCUUGGGGCCAAAUUCGCAUUGUCAUUGUUUGCCCUUUCGAGAAGGGUCGACAACUCCUCGAGACCAUGCAUCUAUCGGCAGACUGAUGUCCUAAGAGUCAGGCAGCCAUGGUCCCUUAUUAACGUGAUCUCUGGCUCUCCCACGCAUGUGAAAAGUGGACGUGUCUUCUAUGGGUAGUGCCCCUCAGUCGAUGGCUGACUGAUUACCCAGCCUUUGAAGGGUGAUGGCCCAAGCAAAUGCAGGACUGCGUGUCACCCUUCUGUGCCUCAAGGAGGUUAGCGUCUGCUAUGUUAGGAUCAGCAAACCAUGAGCCUCGCAGCCUGGUGCGCGUUGGCAAUUCUCUAACACCUGGUUCCCCGCCGGUAGACGUGAUUGCACUCCUGUUUGGUAUAUAGGUCGUGAGCAUGGCUGCCCAGUAAUCCUCGUCUUUCUGACCCGUUGUGGUUCUGUUGUUGGCUAAAAUCCUGGUCAGGUGUUUGUUGUGGACCAGGGGACGUGCAGUGGAGCGCCAACGUGCGGGUUCGGCCGUGUCAGCCACCUGUUCUCUCCCUCACCUCCGGUCUUCUUGACUCUGUCCUGACACCAGUCCGCCACUUCGCACAAACACACGCAACUAAGCAGACUGCAUGAACUGGGUCGAGGCGUCAGUCGGGAGCCUUGUGAGCCACGGCACUUGGCGCACGGUGAUGGUCUCAGACUCGAAUCACACAUGCAGUAGAGGAACUGCAUGGAGACCGAGCCGAGAAGCACACUUCCCAUUUGCGUGGGAUGUGACAAUCGAGUGAUUGCAGUGGUAAUAUUUUUGUUUGAUGCGCUUUUGGUGGGGGGGGGUGUGAUGUGGCCGGCGGUUGUCUACGGCAGGUUUUCGUGAAUGCGCAUUUUACCUAAUUAACCCGUGGGUGAAUACCGGGUGCCAGGUUACUCACUUGUGAAGGUGUAGUCGGUUAUGUUGGUAAACACCCUACUGUCUUUAUUUAAGUAACACAUCUGUUCAUAUAAAUUUGUACACCGUCUGACAUGUCUCGUUCAAAUGCUGCGAAUGUGUUGUUGGCUGUUGUUUCUCAAAUUCUCCUCCUUUUAGCACUUCUGUUUCGCUAUCAGCCUUACGCACUUCCGAUACUAAAAUUGCCUGUAAAUGUUUGCAAAUUAACUGCCGUCCAUGCAGACCUGUAUCAUUUAAGUAGAUUUUUCAAGGGCUUCUGUUACUUACUCCAAAUACACUGAUUAAUUGGUUGAGACGCCUGUGGUGUCUCUAGUUAGUCACUUCUAGGCGUCUCGAAACUACUCCAUCCUAGUGCUCUAGGUUUUGUUCACGCCUAACGCUAGUGUCUACCUCUUCUUUCGGCAGGGCUACGAUCAUUCUUACUUCUUUAUAUCCACCUUCAUGGAGGAUCACCUCAAUUUCCAUGCGAAAAACCUCUCGGAGUGAGCACCUUUUCCCUGGCGUCUUCAUCGCUUCCGCCACUGUCUAUGAUGCUUUUUUAAUAUUGCGCUUUUCUAAUUAGCCCGAUUUUUCCACAGUUCGGUUAAUUAUUGCCUCAGACAAUCACUCUCUGCAUCGAGAUAUAUGUGCGGGUCAUAUUGUUUACUUUCCAGCAGUGGCAGGAACGUUUUUGUGCCGAAACGAAAAAUACAGUUUUUCGUGUUUAUCCCAGUUGUUUCCUUUUGAUCAGUGGCAGCGUUCUCUUUUCAUCUGCCCGCCUUCCGGGGUUCUAAGCAGGCGAGCCGGCUGCAUUGAAAAUCCAUGAUCGCUUGUCAGCGAUCGUUCACAUAUCUCAUACCGGAUCCUAAAGGAUUACGCAAGGUUAGGUGACUGCGUCGAUUUCAUUAUCUAAGCAAGACCUAACUGUAGGAGGGACGCAGUUACGAUCUAUAAGGAGACAUCCUACCGAGGACAAGCUUCUAGGCCAAUGUUAGGGCAGAGGGUCGCCCCUCUCGACGUUACUGAUCUCGGACUGGUCCAGCCGUAGCCCGCGAGCCACAGUCUUUCGGUGGUCGAGAACCCGACUGCCGUAACAUGGAACAGUUUGACGGGAAAUUAUUCCCUGUUGAUCUUGAAUUCGAAUGCGGAAGCCUCUAUCCGCACCUGCGGUUCACCAGUUUAAGGCUUCGCGAUUCCAGAACACCGAGCAAAUCCCUGUUGGAUGGCGGGCGGCAUUUGGUGUGUAGUAAUCCCAUGUCUUGUGUCGAGUCGGUGUGCGUCUCAUUCGCAAUGUCAGACUUUAACAGCCAACGUCUGAGCCACUCUGCUGACAGGCCACUAGCCAGGUUGUAAGUAGUCAUAAUCUCAACAAUCACGCCCGGUGGUACUACCUCUGCGCGGUCCGCGACUGCUUCGGUGUUAACAUUUGCCUGUGAACUUGUCGGACAGUCGGCUGCAGGACUAACGUGCAGGACACUUCUAUGAGCCGGUAGGUUAUUCAAGCGUGCCGCUGCCGCAAAGCCAUGACGUCUGUCCGGAUUCACCAAUCAGGCGAGUUCACUGUCCUGUCGCCGCAGUGCAGGUUCGAUCAGUCCGAUAGUUUUUGUACUUGUGGUUCGUGGCACUUACUCUCCCGUUGUCUCUUCCAGUCACUUCGGCGCACAGAUUGAGUAAAAGCCAUCCAGUCAGUUCUGGCCCUCUAUAUCUGAGCUCGUUUCCAGAGCGGGGAACAAUCAUUAUUGCGCUCGUACAGUCGGCGGCGCGAAAAGUUUAGCUGUCCUUUAACCCUCCUCCGUGUAAUUGAACACUUUCGGGGCCGAUUUCCUGCUGUUCUGUCUGGAUCUUAUGUGGGUUACGCCUACGGGUCAUUGGAGAAUCCACAUGUAACCCCCCCCCAAUCACUGUGUUGUUCACCUUGGACUGUGAGCUGGCCUUCAAGGACCUACCUUCUAUGAUCCCAACUGGCUUUAGAGGCCACAGUGCAUGUGUUUUACGACCUGCGUUUGGUGGAUAUGCGGACAAGGAACCGGGAGGAAAGAUGAUUAGCAAGCCGCUCCGCGGCCGAACAGAAACUACGUAGGCCGCUCGACGCAGACCCGAGUGUGUUUGCUUCACUGGCCGCCGUCGACAGUCAGCCUCCAGAACUGCUGCCAAAACUGUUUGGAAACUUUUUGUAGAAUCUAUUCACAGAAAUUACCUGGACUCGCUGUCAUCCAGUCGGUGUCGAAACCUAGUAUCCUUUUAGUGUUGUUGCUUUUUCCCUCAGAUUCUGACUCGUGCCCACCGUUCUUGCUUUACUCUUAAUACUAUCAAGGUGUAUGAUACUCCCACACUGUGCUUUACAUACCACAAACGAAGUGUCCGCUUGUGCUCAUCGGCCCAGUCCGUGUUUGGCAAUUAACUCCAAUUUAAUGUGUAGCGGACAGACAUGAACCAGCUUAAGUGAAUAAUUUCAGAAAGUACUCAGUACAGGACUUGGAGUUAAAUCUCCGGAACAUUACUUUUUAGGGUCAAAACCGAAAUUUCAAUGAACAUUCGAGUCGAAGACAACCACGUAAUGUCCAUCCUACAAACAAGUAGUCCCACGAGUAGUAUGAAAUCCAUAUGGUAAAGGUAUUAUACCGUACUCCCGACAUGGAUACCUGCUAAAAGCCCAGACACGUGUUUCGCCGAUAUUCUGCCGCUGUGUGACACAGCUGCAGGAGCGCCAAGUUUGAGAGCAGAGGUGCCUGGUGUCUGGACACUGUCUGCUUUUCUUUCUUCUGUUCCCAGUUGA